GAAAAUCUAUAGUAUAAAUUAUAAACAAAGAAAUAUAGGACACGUUAAAAAAGUAUUGUUUAAAAGUAAUUCAAUAUUUAAGUACCCAAUCACGCAUGACAAUACAAAUGACUUUAUGCUUGUAUUUGAAACUAUUUUUUUAUUUAAUUCUGUCAAGGCUUCAGAAAUGAAGGGGUGGAUUUUGUUUAAGACCAAAAAGCAGAUUGGAGUAAUUAUAGUUCUAACAUUUACCAUUAAUGUUAUUAUACUUUGUGCAGGUCUUUCUUUCUUAAUAUCAAGUGAACAAGGUUCUUCACAACACAAACUUUCCAGUAAAUAUAAAACACAAAAACUAGCAAAUAUGGAAUACAAUUCAGCAGAAAAUUCUAUGGAAAGAAGACAGAUAUCUCAUUCAAAAAACUUUAAGUCAGGCAAGCGGAAUAUGUUUUCCAAUCAAAAAGGACAAAUGGAUUUUAUACCAUCAAAAAGAAUGAAUGAUGAACGGAAUACUUCGAAUGAAAAGGGAGAGCCAAUUUAUCAAAAAUCUGGUAACCAAGAUAAAGCUCUUCUUUCAAAAAGAGUCGAAGCAGUUAACAAACAUAAGUUAGAGGAGAUAAUAGCUCUUGCUAAUGAAAACAAUGGACCAGUUUAUCAUAUGUAUGACGACAAUGUUGAAACUGAACAUGUAAAGAAAUCAGCUUAUAAACAUGAAAUAGAACAAAAUAGUGAUACUGAUCAUGAUGUGGGGAAUAUUCAUAUAGGCAAUACGUUACAGGAUGAUUUAGCUGUUAAACUUGAUCAAAUCUAUGAAGAAAAUCAUGCAAUACCAAAAACUUUUGAUGAAAAUUACAUAAAAUACUUUUGGAGCCAUCCUGAAUUUCGUGAGAAAAAUAACAACUUAAAAGUGGCUAAAAUAGAUCACAGAAACACUGGUGGAGUUAAUGAUAAAAUGAGAGAAGGGAAAAAUGAAAAUGGUAAUUUUCAAGACAAACAUGUAAAGAACAUUAUAAAAGAAAUACCAAAGAAUAAUCAAGACAAGAAUAAUGCCAUGAAAAAUAAAGAACCUACAAAUGUUCAUCAAAAGAAAGGUAGAACUUAUAUCACAAUGCACCCAGCCAAGGGUAAACUUGGUAAUCAAAUGUUUCAAUUAGCCAGCUUACUUGGUAUUGCAGAAAGGGGAAACUUUACUCCAUUUUUACAAAUGUCUCAAUUUGAAUUAGACGAAGUAUUCAGAUUUCCAAAGAGUUUCUCUAAAUCUUUGAAUAUAUCAACAUUUAAAACGUUCUCAGAUGCCAAUUAUACACAGGACAUCAGCUUAAAACUUAGUCAAAAUCUUAACAUACAUAUAAACUGGUCUUUAGAUGGAUGGUUUCAAAGUUUCAAAUAUUUCAAUAAUGUACCUGCCAAAGUGAGGCAUUAUCUUAGAUUUAAGAAACAUCUGCUGAACACUGCACUAGAGUUCAUACAAAAGACAGUACCACUUGGACAUGUAACAGUUGCUGUACAUGUGAGAAGAGGUGAUUUUAUAAGUGCUUAUGAAAAGAAACUUGGACGUGUUGAAGUUCCACCUGAAUACUUUCACAGAGCGAUGACUUAUUAUAGAACAAACUUUGGAAAUAUAACUUUCAUCAUUGUAUCAGAUGAUAUGAGAUGGUGUAGAGAGUACAUAAAGGGAGAUAAUCUGGUGUACAGUACAUACUAUCAUACGGAGAAAGGUGUUGAUCUUGCCUUGAUAUCACACUGCGAUCAUGUGAUCAUUUCUGUGGGAACAUUUGGCUGGUGGGGUGGAUGGUUGUCAAAAGGGACAGUAGUCUACUACAACAAAUUUCCUACACCGGGAUCAACACUUGAUAAAACAUUUGUGCAUAAAAACUAUUACCCAAGUCACUGGAUACCAUUAGAAUGACUUUUUGCUUUCAUUUUAUAGACAUAACAAUGAUUAAAAUAUUUUAAAAAUAAAAUUUCUUUCUACAAUUUUAUCAUCACGUAUUAUGUUU